CUGGAGUUGAACAUUGAAGAAAACGGCAGCAAAAAUCAAACGCUCCUCAGCGUGUUUUUUUAGAAGCGACUGUGUUGAACAGAAAGGAAUCCAAUCAGACACACCAACACAGUCACACUCACAGUUACAGUUACAGUCACAGUCACACAUAAACGUACACUGACACACACACACACACACAUAGACACACCCUCGCACACACAUGCACUCGCGUACAUAAGGCUUACAUAAAAUCUAAGGAAAAAUCGAUGCGAGUGCAUUUAAAAUUCAACAAGGAAAGUCUCAGCUAGUGAAAUUUCUUCGCGUUAAACUCGAAUUAAAAGUAAAAAAAAUUCAUUAGUUAGCCGAGUGAAAAAAAAACUAUGACUAAUCAGUGACGACAUACGCGAGCUUCGCUUACACAAUAUCUCUAUACUAGAUAUACGACAUACCACAUAAGAUUGAAAAUCGGUUGAAAAAAUUUCCAAUUGGAAAUCGGUGUACGCAAAAUGGUCACUGAAAAUGGAGCUCAGGGCGAUGGCAACACUUCCUUUCUGCGUGCCGCACGCGCUGGCAAUUUGGAGCGCGUGCUGGAACAUCUGAAGAACAACAUUGACAUCAACACCAGCAAUGCAAACGGCUUGAAUGCACUGCAUUUGGCUUCCAAGGAUGGACACAUACACGUUGUCUCGGAGCUGCUGCGACGCGGCGCCCUUGUCGACAGCGCUACCAAGAAGGGCAACACGGCUCUGCACAUUGCCUCUCUGGCGGGACAGGAAGAGGUGGUGAAGCUGUUGCUGGAGCACAACGCCUCCGUCAAUGUGCAGUCGCAGAAUGGCUUCACACCGCUCUACAUGGCCGCCCAGGAGAAUCACGAUGCGGUUGUGCGCCUAUUGCUGUCCAAUGGCGCCAACCAAAGUCUGGCCACGGAGGAUGGGUUCACGCCACUGGCGGUGGCCAUGCAGCAGGGACAUGAUAAGGUUGUAGCCGUGCUCCUCGAGAGCGAUACACGUGGCAAGGUCCGCCUACCAGCGCUCCACAUAGCUGCCAAAAAGGAUGACGUCAAAGCAGCUACGCUUCUACUGGACAAUGACCACAAUCCGGAUGUGACUUCCAAGUCGGGCUUUACGCCGCUGCACAUUGCCUCGCACUAUGGCAACCAGAACAUUGCCAAUCUGCUGAUCCAGAAGGGUGCCGAUGUCAACUACUCGGCCAAGCACAACAUCAGUCCACUCCACGUGGCUGCCAAGUGGGGCAAGACCAACAUGGUCUCGCUGCUGCUCGAGAAGGGCGGCAACAUUGAGGCUAAGACCCGGGAUGGCCUCACACCGCUCCACUGCGCUGCCCGCUCCGGCCACGAGCAGGUUGUGGACAUGCUGCUGGAGCGCGGCGCACCCAUUAGCGCCAAAACCAAGAACGGUCUCGCACCAUUGCAUAUGGCUGCCCAGGGCGAGCAUGUGGAUGCCGCACGUAUUCUGCUCUACCAUCGCGCACCCGUUGACGAGGUAACCGUUGAUUAUUUGACUGCUCUGCAUGUGGCCGCCCACUGUGGACAUGUGCGUGUGGCAAAGCUCCUGCUGGACCGCAAUGCCGAUGCCAAUGCACGUGCCCUCAACGGGUUCACGCCCCUGCACAUUGCUUGCAAGAAGAACCGAUUGAAGGUCGUCGAACUGUUGCUGCGUCACGGCGCCAGCAUAAGCGCCACCACAGAGAGUGGGCUGACACCGCUGCAUGUGGCCGCCUUCAUGGGUUGCAUGAAUAUUGUCAUUUACUUGCUGCAGCAUGACGCCAGCCCGGAUGUGCCCACUGUGCGUGGCGAGACUCCAUUGCAUUUGGCUGCACGCGCCAACCAGACGGACAUCAUCCGCAUACUUUUGCGCAAUGGCGCCCAGGUUGAUGCACGAGCUCGGGAACAGCAAACACCGCUGCAUAUCGCCUCGCGACUCGGCAAUGUUGACAUUGUCAUGCUAUUGCUGCAACAUGGCGCUCAGGUGGACGCCACCACGAAGGAUAUGUACACGGCACUGCAUAUUGCUGCCAAGGAGGGUCAGGAUGAGGUGGCCGCUGUGCUGAUUGAGAAUGGCGCCGCUUUGGAUGCGGCCACCAAGAAGGGAUUCACGCCACUGCAUCUGACGGCUAAGUAUGGGCAUAUUAAGGUCGCCCAGCUGCUGCUCCAGAAGGAGGCGGAUGUGGAUGCGCAGGGCAAGAAUGGCGUCACGCCUCUGCAUGUGGCCUGCCACUACAACAACCAACAAGUGGCACUGUUGCUGCUAGAGAAGGGCGCCAGUCCACACGCGACCGCCAAAAAUGGACACACGCCGCUUCACAUUGCGGCGCGCAAGAACCAGAUGGACAUUGCCACCACUCUGCUGGAGUAUGGCGCUCAGGCCAAUGCCGAAAGCAAGGCCGGAUUUACGCCACUGCAUCUAAGCAGCCAGGAGGGACAUGCCGAGAUAUCCAAUCUAUUGAUCGAGCACAAGGCUGCCGUCAAUCAUCCAGCCAAAAAUGGUCUGACCCCUAUGCAUCUGUGCGCUCAGGAGGACAAUGUAAACGUGGCAGAGAUUUUGCAGCGCAACGGCGCCAAUAUCGACAUGGCUACUAAGGCUGGCUAUACACCGCUGCAUGUUGCCUCGCACUUCGGCCAGGCUAAUAUGGUGCGUUUCCUGCUGCAGAACGGCGCCAACAUUGACAUGGCCACCAAGGCUGGCUAUACGCCACUGCAUCAGACCGCCCAGCAGGGCCAUUGCCACAUUGUCAACUUGCUGUUGGAGCACAAGGCGAAUGCCAAUGCACAGACCGUCAACGGACAGACGCCACUGCAUAUUGCACGCAAACUGGGCUACAUCAGUGUGCUUGAUUCUCUGAAGUCGAUUACCAAGGAGGAUGAGGCAGCCACUGCAUCCGCUCAGACCGAGGAAAAGUAUCGCGUUGUGGCGCCUGAGGCCAUGCACGAAUCCUUCAUGUCUGACUCGGAGGAAGAAGGCGGCGAAGACAAUAUGCUAUCCGAUCAACCUUAUCGCUAUUUGACCGUUGAUGAAAUGAAAUCCCUAGGCGACGACUCGCUACCCAUUGAUGUGACCCGCGAUGAGCGUAUGGACUCCAACCGAAUGACCCAAAGUGCCGAAUAUGCCGGUGGUGUACCGCCUACAAUUGGCGAGGAGAUGAUCAGUCCGCACAAGGCUCAGGUAUAUGGCUCCUCGCCCAAGGCAACUGUUGAUGGUGUCUACAUUGCCAAUGGCGUUGGAAACGAAGAGCCACCGCAUGUGGGUCGCAAGCUGAGCUGGAAGAGCUUCCUGGUCUCAUUCCUGGUAGAUGCACGCGGCGGUGCUAUGCGUGGCUGUCGCCACAGCGGCGUGCGUAUGAUAAUUCCGUCGCGCUCCACCUGCCAGCCGACGCGGGUGACCUGCCGCUACGUAAAGCCACAGCGCACCAUGCAUCCGCCGCAGUUGAUGGAGGGUGAGGCCUUGGCCAGUCGCGUCCUGGAGCUCGGACCCUGCUCGACCAAGUUCAUUGGGCCCGUGAUAAUGGAGGUGCCACAUUUUGCUUCGCUACGUGGCAAAGAGCGCGAGAUCAUCAUACUUCGUUCCGAUAACGGCGAAACCUGGCGCGAACACACCAUUGACAACUCUGAGGAGAUCAUACACGAUGUCAUGCAGCAGUGUUUCGAGCCAGAGGAAAUCGCUCAGCUGGAGGAGCAGGCCGGCAAUCAUGUCUGCCGCUUUGUCACAUAUGAUUUCCCUCAGUACUUUGCUGUUGUAUCGCGCAUACGCCAGGAGGUGCACGCCAUCGGACCCGAGGGUGGCAUGGUCUCGAGCACUGUGGUACCGCAGGUUCAGGCCGUUUUCCCUCAGGGCGCUCUAACCAAGAAAAUCAAAGUUGGCUUACAGGUAAACCUCUUUAAACCACGCAAAGGCGUUGCGCCCGAGAAACUACGCAAGAUAAGCGUCAAUCAUGUGCCCAAAAAGAAGCGCUUCUCGCUCAUUUGGUAAACACCACUUAAUGGGUGCAAGAUCUACAAAAAGUAAUCGGUCUACAUAGUAUAUACUAAUAAUCGUGCAUUUAACAUACAUAUACAGCUUCCCUAACGUAUAGCAAUAACGAAAAGUUUUCCAUAUAUAUUAAAAAUACGCAUUUAAAAACGAAUUAAUCAAAUAUAUAGAAGAUGUAAUACCGCUCCAUAAAAUCUGUAAUUCGCGUAAUAGUCGGUGAAGCCAAACCAAAUAGAUGAUAUACACUUAAAUAUAUUUAUAUAUCUAUAUAUUUAGCAAGGCCAGAAAGUAAUUUCUAAGGCGUAUUCGCAAUGAAACCUAUUAUCAAAUCAAAAUAUUAACAUAUAUUUCAAUAGAUUUAGAUUUGUCUAGAAAUAUUCCUACUUUGAAUGCCUCUCGUUAAAUUCUUUUGUUGGGGGGGGCCAAAUGUUAUUUAUGAAAUAUGUGCACUUUGUUUGAAUAUACUAAAUCACGACAGAACUAGUUGAGAAUUUUUUUUGGCACUGAGAAGAUAUUUAAAUUAUCCACGCUAACUUUAUCACAUAUGCUAAAGAAAUAACUACUUUAUAGUGACUUGCAAUAAUACUUAUAUAAACUAAUACAUUUAUGAUGAUUGAUCAUGGAUCAAGCGACUUAUAGCAGAUCGCGUAUUUUCUUAAAGCUUAAUACUUAAACAAUAAUACGAUUGUCCAUUUGAUCGAGACAAAUUAAUUAUAUACACAACAAUUUAAUACUAUAUAUAUAU